AACCCCUAGCUCUAGCAAAUUUUCUGUCAUUCGAUUUUCCUACUCCAUCUAAAAAAUAUAAAAUUUUCACUUUUAUUUUGUAUGGAAAAAGACUUGAUAACAAAAGCUUUUCCACAAAAUUUAUUUCACUAAGACAAAGUUCCAAUAAAACAACAAACGAAAAAAGUUACCCAUCCUCGGUCGGAAAUUGCUUCGAAAAGUUAAAACUGGCUCAAUAGGUCCGCAGAUAUAAACUUUUUAUGUUUGCGUUGUGUUUUUGUGAAAAAAUUUAUUAUUAAAUGUAUAAGAGCGCAUGCAAUGCAGCGACGACGGGCUCGUGCGCUGAGCCCGAUCAUGACCACCAAAGGGAGGCUGCUCUCAUAUCGCAAGAACCCCCAACAGCACCCAUCGAGCCCGAUUACAGUGGCUUCGAUAUAGUGAAGGCAACACAAUACGGUGCAAUCGCGCGCGUCAAGGAGCUCGUCGAAGCUGGCUGGGAUGUCAAUCAGCCCGAUAGCGAGACUGUCACACUUCUGCAUUGGGCAUCGAUAAACAAUCGUCGCGACAUAAUCAAAUACUUCCUGGAAAAGGGUGCUAAGGUCGAUGCCAUCGGCGGAGAACUGAAUGCCACUCCCCUGCAUUGGGCCACACGGCAAGGUCAUCUGGGGGCAGUUGUCCUUUUGAUGGCUGCUGGUGCCGAUCCAAAAAUUCGAGAUGCUGAAGGCUGUUCUUGCAUUCACAUUGCAGCACAAUUUGCUCACACCGCGUUGGUGGCCUACUUCAUUGCUAAAGGCGUAGAUCCAGACUCGCAGGAUCGUGGCGGGAUGACGGCCUUAAUGUGGGCCGCCUGGAAGGUGUGUGCCUUGGAUCCAGUGCGCCUGCUACUGACGCUAGGAGCUAACCCGGCAAUAGUCGACUAUACGCAUGGCAACACGGCCUUGCACUGGUCGAUCUUGGCACGCAACAGCACUGCCAUCAGCACGCUCAUCUUGAAGGGAAAGAGCAGCUUGGAUGCACCCAAUCUUCGCGGUGACACCCCCCUCUCAAUGCUAGACUCCCAGACCGGCGCAAUAUGGAUCAGUUCAAAGGUAAUGGAGCGUGUUCGCGAAUCGUCACAGGCAGUGUUGCGUCGCAGUUUAAUAUCCCGCCUAAAAAACGACAAACGCCUCCGAUGGUGGACAAUGGCAGGUUCACCGUUUCUCGCAUUCUACUUGGCCGGAAUUGUCUUUGCCGCAAAUACUUUGUUUAUUAUUAAGUUCUUCCUGCUGGGUUGCUUGUACGCGACGUUCCACUCCAUUGGUAAGGCUCUGUUCGAUGAUCAUCUGAUGGCCCUGUUGCCGCUGAGUGUGUACUUGGCCACGAAGGUUUGGUUCUAUGUGACUUGGCUGACGUACAUAGUGGAUGCGGUCUCUACUACGGCAACGCUAGGCUUUCUCUUCUGCUCGGGAUGCCUUUGGGUGUGUUUCCUCAAGUCGUGGAAGGGUGAUCCUGGAAUUAUAAAACCAACACAAGAACAACGAUUUAGGACCAUUGUUGAGCUUUCUGAACGUGGCGGAAUUGGUUUUGAGCCAUCCUCGUUUUGUUCGGCAUGUUUGGUCAGGAGACCAAUCCGCUCCAAGCAUUGUAGUGUCUGUGAUCGAUGCGUUGCUAGGUUCGACCAUCACUGCCCCUGGGUGGGCAAUUGCAUCGGUCUGAACAACCACACCUACUUUAUGGGAUUCCUAUGGUGCUUGUUGAUAAUGUGCGGUUGGAUGCUGUAUGGAGGUUCUCAUUUCUAUGUUAACGAAUGUCAUGUUUCAUUAAAUAACGAUUUCCUUGAAAGUCUAAAUGACAUUGGAAAUUGCAAUGCAUGGGUGGGCUGGGUUAUGGCCAAUGCCCUGUUGCACAUGUCCUGGGUGAUUCUCUUGACAGUGUGUCAAACCUAUCAGGUAAUUUGCCUCGGAAUGACAACCAACGAACGAAUGAACCGCGGGAGAUAUCGUCAUUUCCAAGCCAAGGGUGGCAAAAGUCCCUUCACGCGUGGGCCAUUUUAUAAUUUCAUUGACUUUGUUGGUUGCUCCUGCUUUGGACUCUUCCAGCCGCAAAACAUCGAUUGGAUGCAAUUUUUCGAAUUCGAAAAAAGCCUCGAACACGAACCAUUGCUGUGCGGUGGUGGUGGCGGCGGCAGUGGUGGCGGUGGUGCUACAGACAGUAACUAUCAGACAAAGGAGACGUUGCAUCCUCAGUGUAAGAACUAAGGUAACACAAAAUUAAGGUAUUUUAGACAAAAAAAAAUAUAUUACAAAAACAAAAAAGAAUUAACAUUUAAAAAAUGUUAAUAACAUCAAUUUUCAAAUUCAGUUUUGAGUCUUCGCAGAUUACAAAAACAAACUUAUGUAUUGCAUUUGUUAUAAAACGUAAUUCAGGUGUCUAUAAUCAUUCUCAAUUUAUUUUAUUUAUAACUUCUGUUGUUUCUAUUGCUAGAGUAUUUUUGUUUUAAUUUGUAGAAAUCAUCGUAACAUAAUAAUUAUUUGUAAAGUAUAAAAAUACAUUAUUAUUUUGUUUUGUUUAUGAUUAAGCCCAGCGAUUUUAGUUUUUACUUCAAUAUUCUUCUUUUGUUUUUUUUUUUUUUUUGUAAAGUGUGAAUUUGUUGUAGAAAUUAUUGCAAUUUAAAUUUACACUUAUAAAAGUAUUGCAAGUGAAUAUAAAAACAAAAGUCGACUUCAUUUAAUUGUAAAUAUCUUUAAAAAAAAAUAAAAAAUACAAAACCCCUAUUGUACAAAGAUUUAAAAAAAAGUUUGAUUUAAGAAAAUGAAAGUAAAUAAUCGGCAUAAAAAAAAGAAACAUUAAAAUUGGAAAAUGAAAAUGUUACGUGGAGUGAAAAGAAAAUGCUUUGAAAUUAUUUGAUAUACCUAUGCUGAAAUAAAGAGGAUAUACUUUUAAGGUCUGAGUUAAUUUAAAAUUUUGUUUUAAACAUAACCGAUUCAAAGUUCAGAAAUUUUGCAUUGCGAAAACAUAAAAACUUAGUACAUUUGAGGAUUUUAACGAAUUGCACCUUGGGAAACAA